GGGCAAGCAACGCUCAGACCAAGCAAGUCAUUCGAUCCAGUGGGAGACGCUGCUACAUUAAAGAGUUGUAUGGUAGGAUUAGGAACAGAUGAACAGCCAAUGAUAGAUAUAUUAGCACAUCGUACCAAUUCUGAAAGACAAGAGAUUUCCUCUUCUUACAAAACUCAGUUUGAACAGGAACUUAUUGAUGACUUACGAAAUGAAUUAAGUGGUGACUUUGAGAGUACUCUUGUAGCCCUUCUGACUCCUAUAGCUGACUUUUUGGCCACGGAACUAAACGCUUUAUCAGGGCUUGAAACGAAAGAAGACCAUUUAAUUGAAAUGCUUUGUACAAGAUGUAAUGACGAAGUUGUAACGAUCAUUGAAGCAUAUGAAAGAUAUUUAACAAAGACUGAACGAGAAGAGGAUCCGGCUGAUCCUGAACAAGCAAUCAUAGAUGCAGAGGCCCUACAAAGUAAUAUGAAGGAUUUGGGAACAGAAAACUGUGCUUUAAAUUCUAUCAUGUCCUCCCGAAGCUACGAUCAUCUGCGCAUGGUAUUCUGGGAGUACAAACGGCUUACUGGUCAGUCCAUCUUGUCUGCUAUCGACAGCGAACUGUCCGGAGAUUUGAGGGCAGGAAUGCUUUCGUUUGUGAAAUGUGUGGAGAACAUGCCACGUUAUUUUGCAGAAAAACUUCAUCAGGCUAUACAGGGCGUAGGCACAGACGAUCAGGUUCUUAUUCGUAUUGUCGCCACCCGCUGUGAAAUUGAUAUGAAGAAGAUAAAACGUCAAUACCAAAAAUUGUACCAGAAUUCGCUGGAAGAAGCGAUCGUUAAUGACACUUCUGGAAACUACCGAACACUCUUGGUCACGCUUAUUGAAGAUAUGUGAAAAUAUCGCUGAAGACCACUACAUUCCAUACUUAAAGGAAACAUUUCACAAUCCAUUAUUAAAAAUCCAGCUGAUGCUAUCUUUGUAACAACUUUCGGCGAUUUCGUGAUCUAACUAUAAAUCCGUUUCAGAUUUUCUUUUUAAUUACUGUUUUAACUUUUCUUCGGUAGUUCGUAUAUUGUUUCAUAAUUUUGCUUAGGUUUGUUUGAAUUUGUGUUUUUCUUUGGCUGUAUAACUUAACGUUAUUUUUUCUCUAAUAUUUUUAUAGAAAUUUUGAAGAAUAUUUAUGAAUUUGAGUAGAAAUUAAGAGUUCUACUAACGUGUAAACGUCCAGGUUUUUCAGAACUUGGUAGUUAGUAAUAAUCAAACUUGCUUAAAUGUUAUUGCGUUAGUAUAUACCAUUGUAAUAAAAUAUAUUUGAAGUACCCUACAAAUGUGAAUUUCACCUAAUAACCUAAUUUUCACAAUGACAAACG